AUGGAAGCAACGCCUUUCAACGAUGAGAUUGCGACGAAAUCAGGGGGGAUUGGCCAUGCAGAUGUUGUUCCUCCUUUGCUGCAGAUCUGGAAUCGAGUGGGAGAUAGAGCGGUGCCAAUAUGGAGAUUCAGUGACCUAGGUCGACGAUUUUCUGCCGGGGAUUUGCCGGGGAAGAUGAUGAUGCGGCUGUAUGUAGGCGAAAGAUGGUUCGAAUGGAGAGAGGAGAAGGAGAAGAGAAGAUUUCUGUCGAAUUGGAAAUUUGGGACUGUGACUGGAGAAGAUUCCAUCGAAAGGGAAAGAUGA